AUGCAAACAAACGAGUACGAUAUGUUUUACAGUGAUAUGGCGGAGGUGUGUCUGAAGCGACUGGAAGAGAAGCGCGUCAACUGUCAGCCCAGUUCGUCUUCAGUAGAACGUCCCUUCAAACUUCUGGUGAAGAACGAGGUGUUUACUGUGGACUCAAAGAAGUUGAGUAAACUGUCGCCCAUCUUCGCUUUAAUGUGUUAUGGCCGCGACUUUGAAGGCGGUCGAGAAUUGGCCAGAGAGAUUGUGGAUGAGAACAGCAGCGACAUCGCCACGUUUCUACAGUGUCUACAAGAUCACCACAAAAUAAACGGUAAACAAUACCAUACCACAGUUGUAUAACACAUUCUUAUGCUACAGUAUUGUUAAACAUUGUCAUAAUAUCUACUUUCUAGUCUAUUGCUUUAAAUUUAUCACCUACUUUAUAUUUGUUUCAGAAUGGAACGUACCAGUACUACUAAGGCUGUCCAACAAAUAUCAAGUAGAAAGCCUUACCAAAGCUUGCUGUAGCUAUUUAGAAACGACAAAUCUAGAGUAAGUUUUAAUCAUUUUAUUAAUUUGUAUGUACCAUUUUUGUUGUUUUUACACUAAUCAGUCAACUUAUUGAUACUUAUAAAUGUCUAAAACAAGUUUUUCUAUGAUAUAAUUACCUUAUUAUAUAUAUAAUUACACUAAUAUUUUCAGAAAUGUAAAGCCUGACCAAGUGUUAACCCUACUAAUCUCUGCUCACGACCACCACCUUCCCAAGAGUACCAUUAGUCCCAUCAUCCUCCGGCUAGCCCAAGAAUCUCGAACCGUAUACACGCGACUCCGUUUGAAUCGCUUUCUUCCCGCCAACCUCUACACGGCGGUCAUCGCGACAAACAUGAACCUGACAACGCUGGGUUCGGUCGCUAAAAUGAACGGUCACUUCUUCCGAAUCGACCGCAACUCCAUCUCCUACAAGAAGGCGUUGUGCUCGAUGUGCAAGAAGAUCGUGGACUCGGCUGAGUGCGAGGGAUGUAAACUGACAUUGUGCCAGAACCAUUGGCAGACAGCCGGCUGUCACAACGAAUUCGGGAAGAAGAUGUUGGCACAGUUAAAGGAACAACUGGUCGACGUUGAGUUAGACUAUUGA